AUGGCGUCUCGGCAGCAAACCCGAAUCCAGGCUUACCUGGAGAAGAACAAGAUCGGUCCUCUGUUUGAGGAACUAAUGACCAAGUUAAUCACAGAGACACCUGACCAGCCAAUCCCGUUUCUCAUUGACCACCUUCAGUCUAAACAAGGAAACCGUGGACAGCUACAGAGAACAUUGUCUGGAUCUGCAGCUCUUUGGGCUGAAAGUGAAAUAUCAGAAGCUAAAGGAACAAGGAGAGACUUCAGAGGCUAUGAUAAACCUUGGCAGUUAAAUGCAAAAAAGCCUAAAAAGUCGAAAAGUGACCUUGCAGUGUCCAGUAUUUCUCCCUCAUCACCAGACUCCAAGUCAUUGCCAAGGUCAGUAGAGCAUCCUAAGUGGAACUGGCGGACUAAAACAGAAAGCUGUGAUUUUGAUGAACUGAACCACAUCCUUCAAGAGAGCAAGAAGCUGGGGAAAGCCCUUGAGAAUCUCUCUCGAAGUAUUGCGAUUUCAGAUGAACUCGAUAAGGAAACAGUGGCUUUUAAUUCCUCUCUUCUGAGGCCCCGUGUGAUUGGAGAAUGGAUUGGAAGAGAAGACAAUGAUGCUGACCCACUAGCUGCUGAAAUGCUGCAGCCCCCUGUUCCCAGAAGUAAAAAUGACCAAUGGGAAAGUGAAGAGAGCAGCUGUAGCCCUGCAGGAAGCUUAAAGAUGGAGCCCAAGACCAAAGGAUUAAAACAGCAGCAACAGCAACAUAAGAAACUGCUGGCAGCAAUGCUGUCUCAGGAUUCCUUUGAGUCCAUCCACAGCCCUACACCAUCCGUCACAGAAGAAGAUAUUGAUAACGAGGAUGAUGCAAUGGAGUUGCUGGAGGAUCUCGAUGAUUUAAGAAUGGAGGGAGUAACAACCCUGGUACCUUCUGGGAGCAAAUUGAACCAAAACCGUCCUACUCAACCUGCUGAGCCUCAGGCCAAGGUCACACUGAAUAUCUGUUCAAGGUGUGCCAGGCUUCAAGGAGACAACCUAGCAGAACGGACUGAAGAGACAUUACAAGUACUUCAUUCUCCAGAUGAGAUAAUUCCAGAUUCGUUGGAUUCUUUAGCUGGGACUGAAGAAACAGUGAUGGAGGAAAGUGAAGAAUUUGAGAAAGCAUCUACAUUCUCAGCACAGGAAGAAGCCUCCCAUGGAGGACACUCAUUGAAAAACUACAUUGAAGAAGAUGAAUCCUUAAAGCAACUUCAGGUAGUUCAUCAGCCAUGGCUCUUGCCAAGUGACACGGAAAGCGAAGGAGUGGAAGCUGAUCAAGACAAACGUUCUGCUGAUUUUCUUCUUUGUGUUCCGUGCUCUUCUUGCCCUGCCUUGGUCUACUCUGGUCUUUGAAACAUACAGAAGAAGUUUCAAGUGGUCCUUAAGUUAUUGCAGUUAAUCAAAU